AUGUCCUGCCUGAGCGCGUUGCACACGCAGAUAGGGACCCUGCUUUCCGUGCCCCACGAGAUUCUACUUCUGCGACACAAGGUUUUCCGUGAAUAUGCGAAAAUCGCAGUUGGACCAGACUUUAUCCACACGCUGCCAUCCUUCCUAAUCCUGACGGCCGUGCUAUUCAUCCUCUGGAAGAAUCCUCCGUCCUCCACGCGGCUUAUGAACAUCGUAGGCGCGACAUUUAUUUAUAAAGUAUUUCAGGUGUCAGUUAGCUGGCUCACAAUUAAUGCUCUUUUAUGGCUAUGGCUGAUCCUCCAAAGGAUACUCUAUUGCAGCGUCUGGCAUUAUUGGAGUUACGAAUCUGAAUAUCGAGAUGUUUCAUAUCCCUGGUGGCAACAUGUCUGGUCUUCAUAUUAUCCUGUACCCAUACAGCCACCAGUGAUGUCGGCCGGUUUUAUUAGUUGGAUUAUCGCGAUGUUGAUUGCCAUAACCGCUUUGGGAUGUGCAAACUCUACAGAUCGCAUGGAAACUUUUGUUAAAGUAUCUUUAGCUAAAUUUCGGAACGCGUUUGCAAUGAUCAAAUUAUAUAUGGAAUGGUCAGAGGAUGGAGCGCAAGAGGAGAUCCUCGUACCUACUGAAGCAAACAUGAUAUUGGAUGAAAUCAGUACAGGUUACGACGAUGGCCGCUCAGAAACGUUGAACGAUACAAAUCAUGCAGCGCGUGGGGAUAUACAUCCGAUUUCUUACGGAACGAAUUGGAUGCCGCAGCCAAAUUUCUCCCCGUUCAAGGAAAUGCAGCGAAAAAUAUCGAUGAAAUCCUUUCACACGGUGACAGGCACCAAUGACAUUCAGGAUCCUGACAAAUUCGCGGCCAAGCAAUUGCGAAACCGACGUGGCUGUCACACCGUGAUACCGAGCAAUUGCAGCGAGCAAUCAAGUGAAUGUUGA